CAAAGAAUUCUUUCAGUGUAUUUCCGCACACACAAAUAAACAUUAACUUCGAGCUGCUGUCAAAAUGAAUUGACAGUAGGCAACUUAGCGUGGUGGCAUCACCACACAAAUGCAGCGACGUUUGUUGAGAAAAUUUGUGCUCAGCUGGAGAAGGAAAAUUUAAUUUGCAAAUAUUUCGUUAAAAUUGUUUAAUUUAACAACAUUAAAAAUAAAAAAAAUGAUUAUGAAAAAUUACUAAAAUAAAUAUGAAUUAGUUUUUAAGUAUAAGAUAAGAUUUGUGUAAAAGUGUGUGAUAGCAAAUAAAUAUAAGUGCGGAAUCAGUGAAAACGCAAAGAAAGCAGGAAAAAUACAUACGCAAAAGGAAAACGAAAAUAUUUUUAAAAAAAAUUAAAUAAAAUUUAUUUGGUAAAAAAUAUAAUCAAUAAUUUAUUAUGAAAGAUGUAAAAUUCAAUGAAAGAAAAAAGGAAAAAUCAAUUUUUUAAAACCCAAACAAUAUAUUUGCAAAAAUGUGUGUGGAACACACGACGCAAAAGGCGACAAAAAGAAAUUAUUAUGGUGCCACAACCGCAGUAGUUUCACUGUCAACACACGCGUCUUCCUCUUGCUUAAUACAUUGCUGCAGCGCUAGCACACAGCGUACGCCCACAUUUAAUGCAAAAUAUAGGCGGAAAUGUCUAUCGUUGCUGGUGUUAUUAAUAUUUAAUGGCUGCUUCAGUAAUCUGCGUCGCACCACAGCCUAUAACUGUACAGCACAUGACGGACAUUGUCAAAACGAUGGCCAGUGUCAAGAAGAUGGACAGUGCUUAUGUGCAGAUGGUUGGCAGGGACCAGACUGCCAAUUCUGUGGUGGCAAAGUAUUAAUGCAUAAUCCAGUCGGUACUAUACACGAUGGUUGGGGUAAUUAUUCAGUAAGUGUUAAAUGCAGUUGGCUUAUAGAUCCACGUCACUCGCACUCCAGCCAUAGACAAAGUACGGAUCCGCCACCCACGAUACGUAUGCAUUUGCAUGAAUUUGCUACAGAAUGUGGAUGGGAUCAUUUGUAUAUAUACGAUGGAGAUAGUGUGGAUUCUCCAUUAUUGGCUGUAUUCAGCGGACUGAUGUAUAGGGGUAAUUUUUCAAUACGGAGUGUGCCUGAAGUAAUUGCACGCUCGGGUACAGCGCUUUUGCAUUUUUUUAGUGAUGAUGCCUAUAAUAUGUCGGGUUUUAAUUUAUCGUACAAAGUAAAUGGUUGUCCAACAAGUUCCGAAGCUUUAAAUUGUUCUGGGCAUGGAAAGUGCGUGGAUGGCACUUGCAUCUGUGAUCCGUUAUAUCGGGGUGAAGCUUGUAAUACAGCGGUAUGUCCAAACAAUUGUUCAGAAGACAAAGACCAGGGAGAAUGCAAAAUUGAAGAAGAAAGGUGCAUUUGUAAGAAAGAAUUUGGUGGCAAUGAUUGUAGUCAGUUAAAAGCAACCGGCGUUUGGUCAACAAUACAUCCCAAACAGUCAACAUCACCGCAAGGAACAGCUUCACAUGGAGCGGCUGUUUGGCGAGAUACACUGCAUAUAAUUGGUGGUGAAUCUUAUGUUCCUGGUGAACUCAUGACUACAUACGAUUUUAACGGUAACGUUUGGGAAACUUUGCAUGUAAAAGAGGCUAGCAGUGCACCCGAAAAACGUUAUGCAGUUUCUACUGUUAUGUAUGGGGAUAAAAUAUUCAUAUACGGUGGUGUAGUAAAAAAUAAAGGCAUAACGAAUGAAUUGUGGGCUUUUGAUGCAUCUGCAAAAACGUGGGAAAACAUAACUGUGAAAACGGAUGCAUGCAAUUUAACAUCGACACCGUAUACAAUGUGUGGUCCCUUACGUGUAGCGGGACAUACGGCAACCUUGGUGCCAGGUUUUGGUGAUAAAAAUAAUUAUCAAUACAUGAUUGUUAUCUUUGGUCAUUCACCACAGUAUGGUUAUCUCAAUACGGUGCAAGAAUUUAAUUUCGGCACACGUGAAUGGAAAAUCGUUGAAACUAAUGGUUAUGUGGUUAAAGGCGGAUUCGGUCACAGUGCUGCUUAUGAUUUAUUAACAGAAAAAGUAUACGUGUAUGGUGGUAUAGUGUCUGAGAGCGAAGCCAGCCAGGUCUUAAGCACAAAGUUAUAUGCUUAUGAACCAUCUACACGUACCUGGACACUUUUAUCAGCAGCACCAAGUGCUAGACUCUUACACACAGCAAAUUUUAUAAAUGAAGGCCUUAUGAUGGUAUUUGGCGGUAACACGCAUAACGACACAUCUCAAAGCUAUGGCGCAAAAUGCUACAGUCAGGACUUGUUAGUUUAUGACGUUUUUUGUGAUUCCUGGCAUAUGCAUGAUAUGCCCGCUCACCUCCAAGCGGAUUUGGCAAGGUUUGGUCAUAGCUCAGCUGUGUUUGAGCAAUCACUCUACAUAUAUGGUGGUUUUAACGGACAACUACUUAAUGAUAUGUUGCGCUAUACUCCAGGUGAUUGCAACUAUUACACAAAACAAGAGAAGUGUACAAAUGCGCGUCCAGGUAUUAAAUGCAUCUGGGAUGUGCAGAAGAUGCUUUGCAUUGCUAUUAAUCAAGUACCGCGCUCAGCCAUAUAUGGUCGCGACCAAUAUGAGUAUGUUGCGUGUCCCCCUAAAAGUCGCAUAACAAUGACUUCGGAAUUGCUUAGUGAUGUGUCACGCUGUCGGGAGCUUACCAAUUGCCAAUCAUGUCUAUCCAAUACAUUCGGUUGUACUUAUUGCGGUAAUGGUAUUUGUAGCAAGGCGCGAUGUCGUGAAACAUCUUUAGCUUCAACUGUAUCAUAUGAUACUCCUGCACAACAUCAACAGUUAACACCUUCUUAUACAUCGCCCUUAAUGACUGUUAAACGUUUAGACAAAUGUCCACAUUCUGAAGACUUUCUUAUUAGUUCUAUCUGCGAGCAACUACAUAGCUGUCAUGCUUGUUCAGCAAAUCUCGCUUGCAAUUGGGAACCUGAACAUAAUCGUUGUAGGCCGACAAAUUCGCAUGUUAAUCGUACAGUUGAAGAAAUUAUUUGUCCACCGCCAUGCGCUUCUCUAAAAACUUGCCACAACUGUACCGAAGAAGAUUGCAUAUGGUGUCAGAAUGAACAGCGUUGCGUUGAUCGUAAUGCGUAUACUGCGAGUUUUCCAUAUGGGCAAUGUCGUGAGUGGACAACACAUGCCUCUAAGUGCCGAUCCAUGCCAGCUGGUAUAACUACUACAGCACUCUCUAGUGCACAGUGUGGUUUUUAUAAUAGUUGUGCUCAGUGUUUAGAUGAUCCGGCAUGUGGCUGGUGUGAUGAUGGUUCUAACACUGGUCUUGGAAAGUGUAUAGUUGGUGGUGCUUUAGCACCUUAUGAUAAAACGGAAUGUCCACAUAAACAUUGGCAUUUUACGUCUUGUCCACCAUGCAACUGUAAUGGACAUUCGCACUGUAGUGAUCAUAUACAUUGUGAGCAACCGUGCUCAAAUUUGACUUAUGGCAAUCAUUGCGAUAAGUGUCGUAACGGUUAUUGGGGUAAUCCCAUAAAUGGUGGCCAAUGUCAAAAAUGUGAGUGCAAUAACCAAGGCGAGUAUUGUCAUCCAGAUACAGGAAAAUGUUAUUGUAAUACGAAGGGUAUAGUAGGUGAUCAUUGCGAGAAAUGUGAUUCACAAAAUCAUUACCAUGGUGAUCCAUUGAAAUCGUCCUGUUACUAUGAAUUGACUAUUGAUUAUCAAUUUACUUUUAAUUUAUCUAAAAAAGAGGAUCGUCAUUUUACACAAAUUAAUUUUCGAAACUCACCUGUAAAACCAGAAGUUGAUGCUGAUUUCACGAUUACAUGUAGUGUGCCGGCUAAAAUGGAUAUAUCUGUGAAGCGAGUCGGUGCACCUGAAAAACUAAUUUUUGUUGGCAUUAACUGUUCUACAUUCCGACAUCGUUUCCCGAAAACAGAAUACGCAUUUGGACAUUCACUCGAUGACAACAGCUCUUUGACGACAUUUUAUGUAUUUGUGCACGACUUCCAGCCACCCAUAUGGAUACAAAUUGCAUUUUCCCAAUACCCUAAAUUGAAUUUACAACAAUUUUUCAUUACAUUCUCUACUUGUUUUCUGCUAUUGCUGCUGAUGGCAGCGAUAUUGUGGAAAAUCAAACAGAAAUAUGAUAUGUUUAGAAGGAGACAACGUUUAUUUGUAGAAAUGGAGCAAAUGGCUAGUCGUCCAUUCUCACAGGUAUUGGUAGAGAUAGAAAAUCGGGAAACCAUUGAUUUAACUCAAACGAUGGAGGGCGUAACGCAUAUGUCGAAAAAGCGUAAAAAAGAUUGCCCAAGUCCAAUUGCUUUAGAACCCUGCAGUGGUAACCGCGCGGCUGUGCUGUCUUUAUUAGUGCGUUUACCGACAGGUGGUUUACAACAUGCACCCGCUGGUCAAUCAGCCGGUUUGGCUGUUGCUAGUGCGUUAGUCACAUUAGGAAACCCCAGGCGACCAUCUAUUGAGCAUCCGAAAGAAACAAAAUCCAAACGAAAACAAAGUCAGCACCCUGAUAGUUGUACAUAAUAAUUAACUUUAAUUAAGUUAAAAAUAUAUUGUUAAUAUUAAAUAAUUUAAAAGAAAAGCUGUAAACAAAAACAUUAUACACUGCAUACACAAAGACAGUAAGUUUAACAAAUGCAUGCGUUUAUAAUCAAAGAAAUAAUUUCUUAUACAAAGUUUAUGACAAAUGUAAAUUUUAUAAAGUUUCAUUUAUAAAUAUUAUGUAUACAUUAUGCUCUUGAUAAUUUGGACAAUAAUGUUCCAAGAGUUGCCCGGAUUGACAAAAAAUUUUGAUACUUACUAAUAAUGUAAUAAAUUACCAUAUACUAUAGUAUAAAGAUGGUGAUAUCUCGUGAGUGAUAAUUUAUGCAAGAUAUCUUGUACAUGUAUAACAUAUAUGACAAAAUGAACUUUCCAGUUCAUACCAUAUACCAUAUAUAAACAGCUAAGAGAGAAAACAAUUUAAAAAUAUUAUUCGUAUAGAAAUAAGAAAUACGAGAAUUAAGUUAAAGAAAGAAGUACAAAGUUUUGGGUCUGAAAUAUUAAAGUAAGUUUACCUGGAUUACAAAUUAUAAAUGAACAUUACGCCUGAAUACCGCGAAGUUCGGAUUAUCGAGAGCAUACUGUAUAUAUAUAUAAUAUUUAUUUAUAAUAAUAUAGUUAUAUAAU